AUGCUCGCCCUCAGCCCUCCUAGAAUGGCAUCGGGGCAGCAGCAGCAGCCGGCAGAUUCGAGUAUGCCGUUUGGUUAUUCCUUCGAUCAAUCCCAAGAACUUCUAUUCCAGGAUGCCCCCGAUCCUGCACCGGGCGCCCCGAUCCUUUCUGAUAAUGACACCAAGUUUCUCAGCAGCUUCUUCGAAGGCAUGACUGCAGACCCGAUCGGGGGCACCUCGUUUGGCGAAGGUUUAAACUUCAGCGACGAGUGGUUCCAGACGUUGCCUCCCCAAUUCAUGGGGACAGCCACCUCCUUUGGCCAGCAGUCUCAAGUCUUGGGGUCGCCGGGCAUGCACACUCUCCCUCCAGAUGCUUUUGGCGGCCUCUUGGGCGCCCCUGUGCCGCUUGUUCCGCCACAGCAACAUAUCCCCGGCCCAUCGCUACAUCCCCUCCAACAACACCACUCCGAGGAUGUGCUCCAGGCGGCUGCCGCACUGCAUGAUGGGUCCAUGGCGAGGCCCAACGGCGGCAGCCGGCAUCAGAUGGCAACUAACGGCACCAUGGCAUCCGCCCUCGGCCCGCCCGUUGGACAUCUACGGCACCAGAACCUAGAUGAUUUCCGGAAUCACGACGCGAACACAUCCCAUCCACACCUCGGUUCCGAGCACGAUCACACCUUUGCAGACAUGAUGUUUGGUGGCGGGAGCGUCCGUCCAGGAGCCCCCAGGAGGCCGCGACAGAACGUAGAGGUGCAAUGGGGAAGCGAUGCGAGUUUCAACAACGGCCAGUCCUUCUUGCCGCCCUCGCAGAAGGAAACCGCAGAAGCCCUGUCAGAAGAGCAAAUGAAGUGUAUGGGCUGUCUGGAAGUCAGUCGAAGCGCCGCCACAACGCGACCCUCGAGCCCGGCGCCCGACGGCGACUCCACCGCGCCUUUUACCAAACUGAAGACGCGGACCGCGGCCAACGAGCCCAAGACCGAACAUGAUGCCGACACGCCUCCCAAGAAGAGGAGAAAGAGUAAGGCCAAGGAGGAGCCGGAAGAGGACGAGAACGAUGAGCCAUCUUCGGGACCCGUCAAGGGGGUUCGGAAACGGAAACCCAAGGUUGAUGGCGCGGCCGUGCCUACUUCUACCCCUGAUGGCAGCGGCAAGAGACGGAAGUCAAGCGCCAAUGGCCUUGCCAAGCAGCCCAGGGAAAAUUUGACAGAAGAGCAGAAACGCGAAAAUCACAUCAAGAGCGAGCAGAAGCGGAGGACUCUUAUCCGAGAUGGCUUCAAGGACAUGUGUGACAUUGUCCCAGGCCUGAAGGAGGGUGGUUUCAGCAAGAGCACCAUGCUCACCAUGGCCGGAGACUGGCUGGACGAAUUGCUCGCUGGCAACAAGAGCCUGAGAGCUCAACUGGAAGGCCGGUGA